AUGCAUGCCUUUCAAUGCAGCCACGAACUUUAUCUGGCUAUCAGCCAAGAAUCAGGUGAUUUACUCUCACAUAUUUUUGGACGUUUUUUUGAAGUUCCAGGUGUUUAUCCCAGGUCGGCACAUCCUAGAUAA